CGAAUAUUAUUAUUGGUUACGAGUAGAUCAAACAAUUCGGUGCUGGUUGUUUGCUACUUUAACUCGGGAUGUUUUAGUUGAUGUUCAUGACUUGAAACAUUCUGCUGCUAUAUGGACUAGACUUCAGACUCGCUUUAUGUCUGCUAGUCUACCACGAAGCAUGGAACUUAAACGAUUAUUGUCUACCAUCAAAAAGAAAGAAAAUCAAUCUAUGGAGCUUUAUUUACGAGAAAUCAAGAACAUAGUGGAUCCCCUUGCUGCAAUUAAUUCCCCUGUCUCGGAUAAAGAGUUGCUUGAAUACAUUUUGGCCGGAUUGGGGCCUGAAUAUAAGUCCCUUGUUACUACUGUGUCUUUAUUUCCUCAUGCAUUCCCGUUUGACAUACUGCAACCCCGUCUCAUGGAAGAAGAACAAAAAGUUUUAUCUGAGCGUCAACAGCAACUUUCCGUUGGCCAUCAGGCCUUUGUGGCCGCUGCUGUCAGUGGACAGCAACCAGCCAACUAUCAGCCUCGCGGACGGGGUGGCCGUGGACGGGGUGGCGGUCGCGGUAGAACAGGACGCGGACGUGGCCGCGGUCAGCCACAUCAGUACGGGGCACCGCAGCAGUACUAUGGAGCUCCUCCGCCCUUCUUCGGUCAGCAACCGCAGGCCUCCAUCCCGCAGCACUACACCGGCCAGCAGGGACAGCAACUUUCAGGCGGGCAGUUUCUUGGGGGACAGCAGCCGGGUCCUUCCAGCCAGACCUACGGCAGGCCUCCAGUACCGUUCCAGGGGGUGCAAUCCUCCUUCUCGAGCACUACAGGCUUUCCAUCGGGUGAGGGCAUUCUUGGGUCCAUUC